GAGUCCGCAUGAGAUACCAUAGACCCGCGAACUACAGAAUCAAAGCCGAGAGAAGGUUCUCGAACAUGAGAGAGCGUUCGAGGUACAGAAAGGCGAAAGCCGAAGGAAGAUCGAAGAAUUUUGCUGUUCCACAGCGAGUGAGAUUGAACGAAAAAGCUCCGUUGGCUUUCCGAAUCCUCUGAUUCUCAGGGAAUUGAAAAUGAGAGGUAGAAGUUACAGCUAUAGUCCCUCCCCACCAAGGAGUUAUGGUAGGAGACAUCGUAGCCCUAGUCCACGGGAUCGAGGAGGCCGUGGAAGGGAUCUACCGACAAGCCUUUUGGUUCGGAACCUACGACAUGACUGCAGGCCAGAGGACCUACGUGGGUUAUUUGGGCGGUUUGGUCCUCUUAAGGACAUUUACUUGCCACGAGAUUAUUAUUCUGGAGAGCCACGUGGCUUUGGAUUUGUUCAGUUUGUUGAUCCUGCUGAUGCCACUGAUGCCAAGUAUGAACUGGAUGGCCAAGUUCUCCUGGGUCGUGAAUUAACUGUUGUAUUUGCUGAGGAGAAUAGGAAGAGACCUGAAGAGAUGAGAGCAAGAGACUCAUCCAGGGGUCGGUCCUACAACUACAGGCGCUCUCCACUGCGAUAUUCUCGAUCACCACACUAUGAUCGAAAAUAUUCACGUAGCCCAGAGUACUAUUCCCCUGCUCAGUCUGGCCGAUAUUCACGGUCAAUCUCACCAAGAGACCGGAGGUACAGGGAGCGGUCCUACUUGAGGUCACCUUAUGAUUCAAGGGGCCGCAGCUAUAGCCGAAGCAGGAGCCGGAGCUAUAGCCGAAGUUAUUGUAGGUGAGUAAAAAUACUUACAGUUAAAAGGAUGAGCUUACCUUUUUAGAGAUCCAGAAACUAUGAAGUUAUAUAGAGAUGUUUGAAUAUCCGAGGCCUGUAUAUAAUUUAGAAAAUGCUUGUUUCAGAGCCAACUGGUUUCAUGUUCAGAUUGAAAUUCACGAUUCUUGUGGCUUGCUUUUUCCAUGUAGAAUGAAAUUUGAGAUUUUUAGGCUCCUUUUUAAAAUACCAAUUCAUCUCUUGUGAUGCUACUACCA